AUGCUUAAAAAUGAGGUGAAGACUGAAGUUGAGAGACUGUCAAGGAAAGUCCGCUUUCGAAUUGCUUCUUCUCAUAGUGGGAGAGUACUAAAGGAGGUGUAUGCAGAUGGAGAAACUGCAGACUCUUUAGAUUCUGAAUGUGCCAGUAGUUCGGAGACUGACCAAAACAGCAGACUGAGUGAACUGGAUGGACAGCAGAAUGGACAUUUAGGAUCGGAGUGUGAUGAAAAUGAAAAUGAGCAGGAUGACUUGCUCAUUUUAGCAAGAGCAACUAAAGACAAGGGGUUUGGUACAAAACGAGUCAACAUUCUAAGCAAAAAUGGUACAGUCAGAGGAGUUAAACAUAAAGUCAGUGCUGGUCAAGCUCUGUUUGAUAAUUUGGCAAAAGUCAUACAGCAGGUAUCAACAGUUCUAGAAUUUGGUCGCAUCAUAAUUUAUACUACCAGCCUUCGUGUGGUUAGAACCACUUUUGAAAGAUGUGAACUGGUAAGGAAGAUCUUCCAAAAUCACAGAGUGAAGUUUGAAGAGAAAAACAUUGCUCUGAACAGUGAUUAUGGAAAAGAACUAGAUGAAAGGUGCAGGAGGGUAUGUGAAGUUCCAUCACUACCUGUUGUGUUUAUUGAUGGCCAUUAUCUUGGGGGUGCUGAGAAAAUUUUGUCAAUGAAUGAAUCGGGGGAGCUUCAGGAUCUCUUAACCAAAAUUGAGAGAGUGCAGCACCCCCACGAGUGCCCCUCUUGUGGGGGUUUUGGCUUCCUUCCAUGCUCAGUGUGCCAUGGGAGCAAGAUGUCAGUGAUUCGGAACUGUUUUACAGACUCUUUCAAAGCCCUCAAGUGUACUGCUUGCAAUGAGAAUGGGUUACAGCGCUGCAGGAGCUGUGCAAGCUAA